GUCAUGGAGCUGCUCUCCUAAGCAUGAGGGGGAUCACGCUUUCCUCCCUCUGCUUACUGAUGCACUUGCUUCAGGAUGAGAUAACCACAACUUUAGUUUUGGAAAACCAAGACCUGCGAGAUUCCAUUAAGCCACAGAAGGUAGAGUUCCAUUCGCUAAACCUCCACAGCACUUUGCACUGGCAGCCUGGGAGGGCCAGAGAGGCAAGAGACACAGUCUACUUUGUGCAGUAUAAAGUGUAUGGACAGAGCAUGUGGCAAAACAAGGACGGCUGCUGGGGGAUUCAAAACCAUGUCUGUGACCUGACGAAUGAGACCUCCAACGUUCAAGAGCCUUACUAUGGCAGAGUGAAAGCUGCAUCAGCUGGCAUCUAUUCCAACUGGAGCCUCAGCUGCAGAUUCACUCCCUGGCGAGAAACUAUGAUAGGACCUCCAACGGUAACUGUGGUUCGUGACAACAAAUCCAUAAAGCUAAAGCUCCAGGCUCCACGUUCUCCUUAUAAAAGGAAGAGAGGCAGCAAGAUACCAAUGACAAAUUAUUAUGAUCUGCUAUAUCAAGUCUUCAUAAUUAACAACUUGCUAGACGAGCAAUACAGAGUCCUGGUAUAUGAAGGAAAAGACAAGGUUAUUAAAAUACAAGAUUUGAGGCCUGGAAUCAGCUACUGUGUCAUGGCUAAAACGUAUGUGCCGAUACUGGACCGCAGCAGUGCCUACAGCAGCAGGCAAUGCACCGUUCUACAGUGACAGGGAUGGCACUUCCGUGACAGUUACAGGGAUAAUGGUGAAAGAUGCCUCCCAUCCAGCUGUAAAUCAUCAUCUAUGGUCUACGUCUGGAACACGUACUUUUAAAAUUAGCGCUGCUGCAUUAACAGAUUUGAUUCACCACAAUCAUUUUAUGCUACACACAGGUCAAAGAUUCUUUGUAUGUCCUCUACUGCAAUUUACUAUGGUAUACAGUUGCAUUUACCAAGGAAAGUCUUAUAAUAUUUAAAAAAAACAAACCCACUUGCAAA